AUGGAGACCUUCACGGACCCACCUAACACUGACCCCUCCAUGGACCCACCUAACACUAACCCCUCCAUGGUCCCACCUAACAUUGACCCCUUAAUGGACCCACCUAACAUUGACCCCUCAAUGGACCCACCUAACACUGAUACCUCCAUGGACCCACCUAACACUGACCCCUCCAUGUUCUCACCUAACACUAACCCCUCCAUGGACCCACCAAACACUGGCCCUUCCAUUGACCCACCUAACAUUGACCCCUCAAUGGACCCACCUAACACUAACCCCCCUAUUGACCCACCUAACACUGACCCCUCCAUGGACCCACUUAAAACUGACCCCUCCAUGGACCCAACUAACACUAACCCCCCUAUUGACUCACCUAACACUAACCCCUCCAUUGACCCACCUAACACUGACCCCUCCAUGGACCCACCUAACACUGACCCCUCCAUUGACCCACCUAACACUGACCCCUCCAUGGACCCACCUAACACUGACUCCUCCAUGGACCCACCUAACACUGACUCCUCCAUGGACCCACCUAACACUGACUCCUCCAUGGACCCACCUAACACUGACUCCUCCAUGGACCCACCUAACACUGACUCCUCCAUGGACCCACCUAACACUGACUCCUCCAUGGACCCACCUAACACUGACUCCUCCAUGGACCCACCUAACACUG